GAGUUUCCUAGAAGUAUAUAACGAAGUAAUUCGGGACCUUUUAAAUCAGCAUGGACAAAAGAAAAUGGACAUUCACUACAAUGAGGGAAAGGGAACUACUGUAACGAAUCUGACCAUUCAGCCAGUGAAAUCUGCUGCUGAAUUGGAAAAAUUUAUUUCAUUGGCGCAUAAUUUGCGUUCCACUGCGGCUACUAACUUCAAUGCACAUAGUAGUAGGGCGCAUGCAAUAACAAAGAUUUAUAUUGCAGGCACAAAUCCUCAGCACGGAAUCGCUUAUAAAGAGUCUGUCAAUUUGGUCGAUCUGGCAGGGUCAGAGAGUGCAAGAACAUCUGGAUCCGAUUGUCGACUCCAGGAAACCAAAAACAUAAAUAAGAGUUUAUCAACACUGGGAGAUGUCAUGUACGCUCUGUGUAAUAAAAAUAAGCACAUUCCCUACCGGUAAGAUAUCGUUUAAGUUAAUAAGUAGAUAUGCAAAAAUAUU